AUGGAAAACUACCAGAAGAUUGAGAAGAUUGGUGAAGGUACCUACGGAGUCGUCUACAAAGCCAAAGAUCUCAAAAAUGGCAACCGUAUCGUCGCUAUGAAGAAAAUCCGUCUCGAGGCCGAGGAUGAGGGUGUCCCCUCUACCGCUAUUCGUGAGAUCUCUCUUCUCAAGGAGAUGUCAGAUCCCAACAUCGUUCGUCUCCUCAACAUCAUCCAUGCAGAUGGUCAUAAGUUGUACCUGGUUUUUGAAUUUUUGGAUUUGGAUUUGAAAAAGUACAUGGAGGCUAUCCCACAGAAUAUGGGGCUGGGUAGAGAUAUGAUUAAGCGAUUUAUGAGCCAGCUGGUCGAGGGAGUUCGGUAUUGCCAUGCUCACAGGAUUCUUCACAGAGAUUUGAAGCCGCAGAAUCUCUUGAUCGACAAGGAAGGGAAUCUGAAGUUGGCAGAUUUUGGAUUGGCGAGAGCAUUUGGUGUUCCUUUGAGGACCUAUACCCAUGAGGUUGUUACUCUCUGGUAUCGCGCCCCCGAGAUCCUUCUUGGAGGCAAGCAGUACUCCACCGGCGUCGACAUGUGGAGCGUUGGUUGCAUCUUUGCCGAGAUGCAAACUCGCAAAGCUCUUUUCCCAGGUGACUCUGAAAUCGACGAAAUCUUUAAAAUCUUUAGGUUACUCGGAACCCCCGACGAAGACACCUGGCCUGGUGUAACUUCUUUCCCAGACUUCAAGUCCUCUUUCCCGCAGUGGGCCAAGGUCGACGUCGACAGAAUGGUCCCCGGACUCGACCCCGCGGGUUAUGACCUUUUGGAGGCCAUGCUCGUUUUCGACCCAGCUGGUCGUAUUUCCGCCAAACAAGCCUGUCACCACGACUACUUCAUGGAGGAUGGGCAGAAUAACGGGAAGCCGGCGAGCAGGCUUAUCCCUAAAGCCGAUCGCAAGAAGAUCCACGAGUACCUCUUCCGCGAGGGAGUUCUCGUCGCCAAGAAGGACUUCAACCUCCCCAAGCACCAGGACAUUGACACAAAGAACCUCUUUGUCAUCAAGGCCUGCCAGUCCUUGACCUCCCGCGGCUACCUCAAGACCCAGUUCUCGUGGCAGUACUACUACUACACCUUGACCGUCGAGGGUCUCGAUUACCUUCGCGAAUGGCUCCAUCUCCCCGCUGAGAUCGUGCCUGCCACCCACGUCAAGCAGGCCCGCAGCCACGCUCCCCCCCGCGGAAUGCUCUCUGGAGAUGGUGGUGAGAGGAGGCAAGGUGGCCGUGGUGGUCCCCCCGGCGAGAGGGGUGACAGGGAGGGUGGAUACAGGAGGAGGUUCGACAACAAGGAGGGCGCUCCUUCAGGGGGCUUCAACCCUGAGUUCCGCGGUGGUUUCGGUCGUGGUCGUGGUGCUCCUCCUGCUGCGGAAUAG